GGCAGUGGUGGAGCUGCAGGGCUCCCCCGCUUUUCUUCACAUGGGGCUCGCCCUGCGGGCGGGACAGCGCUCCUGCCCUCCCGCCGACCGCUGAGAGGGACCCGGCGCGGGCGGAGGGUUCUCGCCGCCACCGGCGGGCAGAACAAGGAAUGAAGAAAAUGAGCAACAUCUAUGAAUCAGCAGCCAAUACCCUGGGAAUUUUUAACAGCCCAUGCCUGACUAAAGUGGAAUUGCGAGUUGCAUGCAAAGGCAUAUCAGACAGGGAUGCCCUCUCGAAACCAGAUCCUUGUGUCAUCCUUAAAAUGCAGUCACACGGCCAGUGGUUUGAGGUUGACAGGACAGAAGUGAUUCGGACCUGUAUAAAUCCUGUCUUCUCCAAGCUGUUCACAGUGGACUUCUAUUUUGAAGAAGUGCAGCGACUGCGGUUUGAAGUGCAUGACAUUAGCAGCAACCACAAUGGGCUGAAGGAAGCGGAUUUUCUUGGUGGCAUGGAGUGCACUCUUGGACAAAUUGUUUCUCAGAGGAAACUCUCCAAGUCCUUACUCAAACAUGGCAACACAGCAGGAAAGUCAUCUAUAACAGUGAUCGCUGAGGAAUUGUCUGGCAAUGAUGACUACGUUGAACUUUCAUUCAGUGCACGGAAAUUGGAUGACAAGGAUUUUUUCAGCAAAUCUGAUCCUUUCCUGGAGAUUUUUCGCGUGAAUGAUGAUGCAACCCAGCAACUUGUUCAUAGAACUGAGGUUGUGAUGAAUAACUUAAAUCCAGCGUGGAAGACCUUCAAAGUGUCUGUAAAUUCUCUGUGCAGUGGAGACCAGGACCGCAGGCUAAAGUGCAUAGUUUGGGACUGGGAUUCCAAUGGAAAGCAUGACUUCAUUGGAGAAUUUAGCUCAACUUUCAAGGAAAUGCGAGGAGCUAUGGAAGGAAGACAGGUACAAUGGGAAUGCAUUAACCCCAAGUACAAAGCAAAGAAGAAGAAUUACAAGAACUCAGGCAUUGUCAUCCUUAACCAGUGCAAGAUCCACAAGAUGCAUUCUUUCUUAGAUUAUAUCAUGGGAGGCUGCCAAAUACAGUUUACAGUAGCUAUAGAUUUCACUGCAUCAAAUGGUGAUCCUAGGAACAGCUGCUCACUGCACUACAUCCACCCCUAUCAACCCAAUGAGUAUUUGAAAGCAUUGGUAGCUGUUGGGGAGAUUUGCCAAGACUAUGACAGUGACAAAAUGUUCCCAGCCUUUGGAUUUGGAGCAAGAAUACCCCCAGAAUACAAAGUCUCUCAUGACUUUGCAAUCAAUUUCAAUGAAGACAACCCAGAAUGUGCAGGAAUACAAGGUGUUGUGGAGGCUUAUCAGAGCUGCCUUCCCAAGCUGCAGCUGUAUGGGCCAACAAACAUUGCUCCCAUCAUCCAGAAAGUGGCAAAAUCAGCAUCAGAGGAGACCAACACCAAGGAGGCCUCGCAAUACUUCAUCUUGCUGAUUCUGACGGAUGGCGUCAUCACAGACAUGGCCGACACCAGAGAGGCCAUUGUCCAUGCCUCCCACCUUCCCAUGUCAGUCAUCAUUGUCGGGGUGGGGAACGCUGAUUUUAGUGACAUGCAGAUGCUGGAUGGUGAUGAUGGGAUCUUGAGGUCUCCCAAGGGCGAGCCUGUGCUUCGAGACAUUGUCCAGUUUGUGCCAUUUAGGAACUUCAAACACGCAUCCCCAGCUGCUCUAGCAAAAAGCGUUUUGGCUGAAGUUCCAAACCAAGUCGUGGAUUAUUACAAUGGCAAAGGGAUAAAACCAAAAUGUAUGUCAGAGUACGAGUCUUCCAGGACACUAGCUCCAUGAACCUGCCUGCACUCUUUUACAAAAUUAAAAAAGAAAAACGCUACUGUCUACAACUCCUGUACUUAAAAAUGAAACAAAACAAAAAAAUAGCACGUUUUGGUGAUUUUUAACUAAAAUAACCUUUUUCUUUUUUUUUUUGCAUGUGUAGCCUAAAGGCUUAAAUCUGUUAAGCGGUUGUAUUGUUGAAAACUUUUUAUGAGAAAAAAAUCCCGAAAAAAAAAGUGAACUCUUUACAUUACAGCAUGUCGCCUUGAAAUAAAAAGUUAUCUGUAUCUGGUUUUUAUACAGGUUUGUUGAAAUUUUGCUAUAUUUCUUAUCUUUACACUGUAAAGCAUUUUGAAAUAUUUAUUGAGAGUCAUAGACAAAAUGUCUUUGGUUUAAUCUGCUAAGAACUGAGAGAUUUUUCAAAAUGGCAGAUGCAUGAACUGUAUUUUGCAUGUUUAAAAUAAAAACAACACAGUUUUGCAGUUGUCUUUA